GCUGUGGUCGAGACGAGUAUCAGUGCCUUCGAGUUCUCCGACAUCGCCAUCGAGGAAGGAAGUGCUGUCAACGCAGACAUGUAUUUCGUGGACCUAAACAACAAAAACUAUUUAUACGUAAUGACCACCAGAAGAGUGACAUUAGUGAAGGUACAGGAGUGUCAGGUGUACCGGACGUGCAGCGAAUGUCUGGGCGCUCGGGACCCGUACUGCGGCUGGUGUUCACUGGAGAACAAGUGCUCCUUAAGGAGUGAUUGUGCGGAGGCGGCUCAGGACCCACUGUAUUGGCUGUCGUACAAGUCGGGGAAGUGCACGACCAUCACUCACGUCCAUCCGCCGCAAAUACAGCGCACUACUGCCCGCACCCUAAGUCUGGUGAUCGAUAACCUGCCGGUGUUGGACGCCACCUUCUUCUGCGCCUUUACAGCUGCCGCCAAGACUCAGAUCACUAAUGCCUCGCGUUCUGCCAAUGGUGUCAGUUGUCCGACACCGCCAACAGACUCAUUACCGCCAAUAUCUCCCGGACAGCAUCAUUUCACUGCAAAACUAUCGGUGCGAAUGAAGACGGGGCCCGACUUUGUCGCCACAAACUUCACGUUUUAUGACUGCAGUUCAUACCAGAGCUGUACGGCGUGUGUGUCGAGUCCCUUCCCGUGCGACUGGUGUGUGGGCGGACAUCGAUGUACUCACGACACCGGCGAGAACUGUCGCAACGAUAUCUUGGUGACCGGUAUCUCGUCAGUGGGCCCCAGCAUAAGGUCGGGUCCGGGCUUUUGUCCGCGCAUUAACGCCACAGCCGGCGGAACCACUGAAGUACUGGUGCCGAGCGGUAUAUCCAAACGCAUACAAGUCAAGGUCGAUAACAUUCCUCAGUUCAUUGUGUCGACACGUUUUGUCUGUCAGUUCAACAUCGAGGGCCGCGUCAAACAGGUUAACGCACAGCUCUUGGGCGACACCAUCUAUUGCGAAGGUCUUGAGUUCUCAUACAUCGGCAAUCAGCCCAACAUUAGCUCACUGUUCGCCGUCAUAUGGGACGGCAGUAAACCACUCGACAAUCCCGAGAAUAUUCACGUGUUGAUAUACCGGUGUCAGGGAAUGGCACCGAACUGUGGAUUUUGUCUGGAAUUGCAAGAGAAGUAUUCGUGCGGCUGGUGUCAGGAGACGGACUCGUGUCAGGUUCAGGAGCAGUGCCGACACCACAACACAAUGUGGCUCAACAGACAGCAGACCUGUCCCGACCCGAAGAUUACCGACUUUUACCCGAAGUCCGGCCCCUGGGAGGGCGGCACUAAUGUGACCAUUGAAGGCAUCAAUUUGGGCCGUACUUUCGAGGACAUCGCCACUGGGGUCGGCAUUUCACACGAAGUCAAUGGCAAUACAAUGCAUGUCGUGAACUGCAGUCCCCAUCGCGAAGAUUACGUGAAGACCGCCAAAAUCAAGUGUAUUGUUCAGAGCCCUCGCAAUAUGACGAGUGGAAUGCAGGCGCAGAUGGGCUCCAUUUCCGGCCCCAUCAUCGUUAAGGUGCUCAACGACUAUACGGCCAAAUCGAAAGAGUCGUACAGUUUCGUGAACCCAAAGAUACUGACCAUAUCUCCGAGCAAAGGGCCCACAUCUGGAGGCACCCGACUCUCCAUCGAAGGCCUAUAUAUGGACGCCGGCUCUAAAGCCGAGGCCUUCUUGGGUGGUCUGCCG